AUGUUACGCAGGAUCCAACAGGAGCCGGCCAAGUAUCCGGAUUUCCGAGAGGAGAACGGACAACUCUACCGGCGCAUCGGACUGCGCUACCCGCGACCGCGCAAGAGUGCUGACGGAAUGUCACGACCACCCCACCGCUGGACAUCUGGUUGUGCGAAAAGCAAGAGGCCCAGAGAUACUACUGGCCCGGAAUUUUCCGAGAGGUUUGUUGGCCGGCGUGGGCGGGCACAGAAGAUCUACUGCGACAAUGCCACCAAUUUUGUCGGUGCCUCUCGGAUGCUUCAAGAGUUCAAAGAUCACUUCUUUACCAACAAGGAUGCCAUAAUGGAAUUUCCUGCCACCCGAGGAAUCUCUUUUUCGUUCAUUCCGCCCCGAGCGCCGCAUUUCGGCGGCCUCUGGGAGGCGGCCGUAAAAUCGGCCAAAGGAUUAAUGAUCAAGGCCGUGGGAAGUGCAGUGCUCCGGCAGGACGAACUGAACACCGUGCUGGUGGAGGUAGAAGCCAUUCUAAAUUCGAGGCCCAUGGUCGUGGACAGCUCCAACCCCAACGAUGGCGAAGCAGUUACCCAAGCCCAUCUCAACGGUUUUUGGGUAGAUUGGCAACGCGAUUACGUCCUGAGUCUACAGCAGCGGCAGAAGUGGCUGAGCGACAGCCACAACAUCGAAAUCGGAACUAUCGUCGUGGUCCACGAGGACAACAGUCCGCCGCAGCAGUGGCUGCUAGGUGAGGAGGUGAUCAAAGGCGCGGAUGGAAAGCUCCUUUACCAAUUGAGGAAUCUUGAAGCCCUGCAGCCGUUCAACGCGGCCGAUGUUUAA